AUGCUGGCCGCCUCGGCCGUCCGCCGGGCCCUGCUGCUCUGCUGGCUCGCGGCCCCCGGGCCAGCCCGGCCCGAGCCACUUUUCCACAGCCGGGACCGCUCGGACCUGGAGCCCGCCCCGCUGCGCCGCGCCCAGCCCAUCGCGGACCCCCUCACUGCGCAGCGAUUCCUGUCCAAGUACGGCUGGGCGGACGCGCCGCCCGCGGGUCCCCGGGCCACCCGCCUGGCCGAGGCCGUGCGCAGGUUCCAGAAGGUCAACGCGCUGCCGGCGAGCGGGCGGCUGGACGCGGUCACGCUGGCGGCCAUGAACAGGCCGCGCUGCGGAGUCCCCGACACGCGGCUCCUGUCGCGGCCGCCGCCCCCCGCCCGGCCCAAGCGCUCCCUACGGCCGCCGCCCCAGCAGCCCGAGGUCGCCGCGCCCCGCGGGGGGACCCGGGCCUUUGCCAAGAGGACGCUGACCUGGCGGCUGCUGGGGGAGGGCGCCAGCGGACAGCUGGCCGUGGACGAGCAGAGGCACAUCCUCAGACUGGCCUUCCGCAUGUGGAGCGAGGUGAUGCCGCUGGACUUCCGCGAGGACCUCGCCUCCCCGGGGGCCGCCGUGGACAUAAAGCUGGGCUUCGGGCGAGGCCGGCACCUGGGCUGUCCUCGGGUUUUUGAUGGCAGUGGGCAGGAGUUUGCACAUGCCUGGCGCCUUGGCGACAUCCACUUCGAUGACGACGAGCACUUCACACCUCCAAGCAGUGACGCAGGCAUCAGCCUUCUCAAAGUGGCCGUCCAUGAAAUUGGCCACGUACUCGGCCUUCCUCACACCUACAGGCCAGGAUCCAUAAUGCAGCCGAAUUACAUCCCCCAGGAGCCUGUGUUUGAGUUGGACUGGUCAGACAGAAAAGCAGUUCAAAAGUUGUAUGGUUCAUGUGAAGGGUCGUUUGAUACCGCAUUUGACUGGAUUCGCAGAGAGCGAAACCCACAGGGCGCCGUGACGCUGAGGUUCAGCACCUACUUUUUCCGCAACAGCUGGUACUGGCUUUACGAAAACCGAAACAACCGGACGCGCUACGGGGAUCCUCUCCAAAUCCUCAGGGGCUGGCAUGGAAUCCCAGCACAGAACAUCGACGCUUAUGUCCACGUCUGGACAUGGGGGAGGGACGAGCGUUAUUUUUUUAAAGGGAAUCAGUACUGGAGAUACGACAGUGACAAGGAUCAGACCUACACAGAAGAUGAACAAGGAAGAAGCUACCCCAAAUUGAUUUCAGAAGGAUUUCCCGGCAUCCCAAGUCCCCUGGACACUGCCUUUUAUGACCGAAGAAAGCAGUUAAUUUACUUCUUCAAAGAGUCCCUCGUGUUUGCAUUUGACAUCAAUAGAGAUCGAGUACUUGAUUUUUACCCGAAGAAGAUCACUGAAGUGUUUCCGGGAAUAGAGCCACGAAACCAUCCCUUCAGGAAUAUAGACUCUGCCUAUUACUCCUACGCACACAACUCCGUUUUCUUUUUCAAAGGCAAUGCGUAUUGGAAAGUAGUUAACGACAAGGACAAACAAAAGCAUUCUUGGCUUCCUUCAAAUGGCUUAUUUCCGAAGCAGUCCAUCUCAGAGCGGUGGUUUGACAUCUGUGACGUCCACACCUCCACCCUGAACAUGUAAUGGGAGAAACAGGCAAAUGGAGUCAGAAGAUUUCUCGUCUAAGUCUGGUUUCUUUUGCAAAGGAAACAAACCAGGUUUUUAGUAACUAAAGCAAAUAGGGCUAAAAGCCAAUGGAAAAAGCAUUACUUGAACUUCUAAAAUACUUGAUUUAGAAGGGAAUUUCUCAGGCAAAAAAAGUAAUGCAUUGAAUAAUUUUGCCAAUCUUUUAGGAAAGGUUAAAAAAAAAAAGAACCCCGAGGAAUCCCUGUC